GGUUGCGGUUGGCCUCGGUUGCGGGUUGGCCUUCGUUGCGUGCCGUGGGAUAAUUGAUUGUUCUGUGAUGUUUCGGUUGUUAAUUUGUUAGCAACCUGCCGAAUUUAACACCGCUGCCACCAUGCUGAACACAAUGCAGGACGUGUUCGUCGCAUGCCAGGCCAGCAUCUCGGUGCACCAGAAGCUGCUGACCGCGUUGAAGGCGAUCCACGCGGCGCGCGAUGACGACGAGGCCUUCUUCGUGGAGUUUGUGCGCCUGCUGCGGCACGCGCUGGUGCGCGGCGAAAAGAGCGCGCCGGUGGAGCGCACGCUCGAGUUCGCAGCCCGGUUCGCGCGCCACCUGUGCCCGGCGGCGGUAGAGGCCGACAAGGCGGUCGACGAGGCAGAGGAGGUGCACCCGUUCUUCGGCCGCCUGUUCCAGUUCCUGGUGGAUAGCCACCGCGCGACCGACUCGGCCGUCCGCCUGCGCAGCUGCCAGCUGCUGAACAAGCUGCUGCUGCACCUGGGCGAGAACGCCUACCUGGACGACGCGCUCUGCGACCGCGUGUACGAGGCCAUGCUGGAGCGGCUGCAGGACACGGUGCCGGCCGUGCGCGUGCAGGCUGUGUUCGCGCUGUCGCGCCUGCAGGAGCCGCACAACAAGCAGUGCCCGGUGAUCCGGGCGUACGUGUUUCACCUGCGUAACGACCCGAGCGCCGACGUACGGCGCGCAGUGCUGCUCAACAUCGGCGGCUCGGCCGCCACGCUGCCGCACGUGCUGGAGCGCAUCCGCGACUCGAGCGCGCCCGUCCGUCGCCAGGCCUACCUCUUCCUGACCAAGGUGCACAUCAAGUCUAUCUCGAUGUCUGAGCGCCGCCGGCUGCUGAAAGAGGGCCUACAGGACCGCGACGAGGCCAUCCGUCGCACCGUGCAGAAGGACCUGCUGCAGUUCUGGCUGCGCCUGCUGGCCGGCAGCGUCACGCAGCUGCUGCGCUGCCUCUACGUGGAGAUGUGCCCGGACGUGGCUGAGCUCGUGGUCAAGGCCAUGUGCCGCGAGACCUCGUACGCUGACAUGGUGGAGAGUCUGGCCCUGCCGGCCGACACGCGCCUGUUCGCCGCCGACCAGCUGACGGCCGAGCACGCGCUGCUGUGGCGCGCGCUCUGCGACCACCUGCGGAGCGAGGGUGGCGGCGCCGACUCUCAGCUGGAGCGCAUCACGCCCGACCUGCCGGCGCUGUGCGGCCUCAUCCAGCAGCUUAGCGGCCGGCCGCCGGCCGACGGCGAGCACGAGACGGACCGCUUCGUGCUGCGCCAGCUGAUCGCGCUGGCGGCUGGGCUCGAGCUGUGGGACGAGUUCGGCCGGCGCUUCGCGACGGCGCAGGAGCUGCAGCGCCAGCAGACGCUGUGUCAGGAGGAGGAGCGCGAACUCCAGGAGCGGCCCGAGCCGGCGCCGGCCGACGACGUCGGCGAGUGCGCCGAACGCGACGACCCGGCCACGCUGACCAAGUGCCUGACGGUGCUGUACGAGCUGCUGCAGUCGCCCGAGCUGAAGACGCUGACGGCCGAGCUGCGCGCGCUGGCCGAGACGCUCGUGCUACCGGCCGUGCAGAACGAGGACCCGGGCGUGCGCGAGGCGGCCGUGCGCGCGCUCGGCGCCCUUUCGCUGCUGAACCGCGGCCUCGCCGAGCAUCACCUGGUGCUCUUCGUCCAGGUGGCGCAGGCGGACCAGUGCGAGGUGCAGCUGACGGCGCUGCGGGCUGUCUUUGACCAGCUGCUGGUGCACGGGCUGGAGGUGGCCGCGCCGGCCGAGCAGCCCGACCAAAUGGCGCCGCUAGUCACCGAGCUCACCGCCAUGCUGGAUGUCGGGGAGCCAGAGGUGCGCGGCCUGGUGGCGGAGGGCCUCUGCAAACUGCUGAUGCACGGUCGCAUCAGCUCGCCCCGACUGUUGGAGCGGCUCGUGCUCAUGUGGUACAACCCCGUCAUGGACGGCGACAGUUUCCUGCGCAACAUGCUGGGCGUGUUCUUCCCGGCGUUCGGCGCCGCCAGCCGCGCCAACCAGGAGAUGCUGGCUGACGCCAUGCUCCCCACCAUACACACGCUCAUGCAGGCGCCGAUGACUUCACCGCUGGUGGAGGUGGACCUGGACGACGUGGCGCGCUUCUUCGUGCAGCUGACGCAGUCGGCCAUGCUGGCCGAGCGGCAGGCGGAGCUGCCCGGGUCCGUGCACGAGGCGCUCGCGUACCGGCUGCUGAACGCCCUGCUGGACGGCCCAACCAUCGAGGACGGCAGCGAGGGUCCGGAGCCGGAGUCGCCCCGGGACGACGCGGUGGUGGCGGCUGGCGGCGCGCCGUCCGGCCGAGGAGGAGGUGGCCGGAGCCUCGAGGAGGCGGCGGCGCGCCACACGAUCAGAAACACCAGGGGAUCCAGGCUCCGAGUGGAGGAGAGUCCGGACAACGCUGUCUCCGGAGCCGCUUGA